UUUCCUUGGUGUGAACUGACGCCGUAAGUCACUCAGACCUUCGCCACCAUCAUGAACUUACACGAGAGCACCAGUUUCGCAUCCCGUUUGCCAACCGAAGUCCUAUGUCAUAUUUUUAUUCACACUCUCCCCAAAUACAAACAUCCCAAUUUAAAAUCGUUUCCUAUUCUGCUCACCAAAAUAUGUCGUCGAUGGAGGGAGAUUUCUGUGGAUAUGCCCUCAUUGUGGUCCAGAAUGCAUAUAGAUGUUUACGUGACACAUUUGCAGCAGGCGGCCUUCUACUACGACUCGUGGCUCAAGCGCACACGAGGACAUCCCAUCUCCCUAGAAAUCAAUUGCAUCACAGACGACUAUAUCUGCCUACAAACCCUUCUUCAGCCUUACAUCCAUCAAAUCUCCUCUCUCAUCAUCGCAAUUAACAAUCCAGUGGCACCCGAAAUCUUGUUCAACGACCUACCAGCACUUCAAGAACUUUCAGUUGUCUCACGGAGCUUCAGUCAUAUUGCGAAUCAUGAUACACUACUACCUAUCUCACCUCACAUCUCCCGGCCCUCCACUCUACGCACUCUUAAACUCUAUAGAGUAUAUUCCACCACCCCCGACUCCGACCUCCUAUCUCGCCUCGACCCCGUAUGGGCCCAUUUGACAAAUGUGGAAAUCGGAUCGUCUGCGGCACGCGUUGUAAUGCGCUUGCUCCGAUUAACUCCCAACCUCUCCUCAUUUAGAAUCUGCAAUUUAUCUUGGCAGCAUGAAGAGUUGAUAGCUGUUGGGAGUGGUACGGUCGGAUUUGCGAUUGGGCUUGAGCAGGAACAGCGAGCAGGUGAUACUUUUUAUCACAUAUACUCGCGACGUACUGUGCUUGUACACUGUUCAUGAUCUGUCUCCUGUGUAAAGUCAUAUUCGACGACUUGACCUUGCCCUUUCUGUACACGGAAGAUUCAAUCAAGAUGCUCGUUCCCGGA